AUGCCUUACUCAUCUAGCAGCGACCUGGGCGCAGGCGAGCAGGCAGAUGCAUAUUCCAAAGACAAGCUUGAACAGUCACCAUCUCCUAAGGUCAAGCUUGAGAGUCAGUUCGAGAAGUCAGGAGGUGCCGCGCAAGAUGAGAAGAAGCAGUCUCUCUCUCUCAAUCUGAAGCAUGGUGGCAGUCUUCCCAAGUUGAGUAUGACUCCUCAAAUCAACCUCAACGACCAGCCUGAGGGUGAAGCAACAGACGUUUUGCGACGCGAUGAAGCCGCAACACAGCCGACCUUCAAUACCCUGCCUGCUGAGCUUCGACUCAAAAUCUACGCGAUGAGCUGGGAGCCGCGACGCGUCAUCCUCAGUCGGUCUUGGCUGGGUGGACCAGAGGACCUGUCGGAUUAUGAGUUCUAUGCUAGAGCUGCAGAACAGAACGUCUACGACUUCUUCAACGAGGAUGAAGUGACGACAGUGUCUACAAGCACGGCUCCGUUGCCGGUGACGCUCUGGAUCAACCAGGAGUCGCGACACGAGACCCUCCGGUAUUACGAGAUCGCUUUUGCUUGUCCGAAAAAUGGAAGCAGCCAAAUCUACUUCAAUUUCCGAAUCGACGAGCUGGAGAUCCGUCGGCAUGCAGGCUCAUUGAAAAGUAUCAUCAGUAGAGAGGAACUUGCCAGGCUCAAGGCGCUGAUCGUCCCGGCGGGAUACAAGGAGGCUCGCUCGGCGAGCAACACGAUCGACAAGUUGAGCAACAUUGCCACGCCCGUUAUUGAUCUGGAUGGCAAGAUUCACCAGUUGCACAACCUGGGUCUGGGUCUGUCCGCAGGUCUGGGGCCCUACGACCCCGGCAACCCUUUUGAGGACCCAGAGCUUCGUCGACUCGCAACACGUCUGCAACAAGAGCUCAACCAAGCCCUCGACCUACCUCCGCUGUUCUCAUCAGCAUGUCCAAGCCUCGAGAGAGUCCGACUCGAGCCCACCGAGACCUGUGGGUUCUGGCCCACCGAGGAUUUCGCAACCCCGGGCGACGAAAAUGACUGGUUUUUGAGGGGACAUUGCGAAUGCCUCACCUGUACCCUCACCUGGACGGCCAGGCAGCUGGGAGUCCUCGUCGCCAAUGACCCCGAGGAGCAGGCCUGGUCUGUGGGCGAUGCCUGCCCGCCGGAGCUGGGCGAGGAUCGUGAGGUGCGGUUGGGAAAGGUUACUGUCACAUGGCAGGCUCCUGUUGAGGACACGGCUGAGGAGCCUGAGGAGCCUGAGGACGACAGCCUGGCUAGAAGGGUUGUAGCAGACUGGGCUGUUGCAGCCACCGCCGUCGCAAACAAGAUGACGGAUCCUCAUGCCGGUGAGGAACCACUGUAUGUGAUCUGA